AUGACGAAUUGCACCAGCCUGAAGGAGAUUGAUGACGUCCGGAGAUGUGCAAGGACGGAAGAAAGACGAGCGCUGUGUAAAACCGGGUUGAGUUGCAUGUCAGGAGUGCUGCAGAUCCACUGGCUUAUUGAGACAACUGACGCACAGCACGCGUUGUUUACCUCUGUUACCGCCUGCACCCACUCCGAUCCCCUGCGGCUUAACUCACCUGAGGGCAAGGCGGGUAUGAGUCCAUCCGUCGUAUCAUCCUCCUCCCGCCUCAGCACGACGCUUCCAAAGGCAAAAACGAAGCGGAAACGCCUUACAAAGGAGUAUUCCAGCUGGGGCGGUAAGGUGGAGGGACGAGGUUUCGGAUGGGAAUGGUAUUUGUCGGCUGUUUCAAUCCCACGUCCGCUCACCGGUGUUCCGACCGGUGUCACGCUGGUAGGAGACCUAAAUGUUUCGCCAAGAGCUCCUGACUGUGGGGAUCGUGGAUGUGAUUUUCGCCAAUUACCUUUCUUGGUGACACUCGUGCCAAAUUCACGUACAACGGGACUGAGAUGCGAACUCGGGAAAAUGAACGCUAGAGGAAUCCCCUAUGACCAGUUCUUGGGUGUCAUACAUCCCACCUUGAAGAAACUACCCCUGGACCUGCUCAGGAAGGUCAAAGGUCCGCUACGAAAACUCCGGGAUGAGUAUCUUGAAGUGGUCGAUAACAAAGAUAGCUUAGAGCGCGAUUUGUAUGCACCCUUUGCUGAGAUGGUCUCCAGUAUUAUCAAGGCCAAUGGAGGGAGGGAUCGAUUACGUGAAAACGCACGGGAAGAAGAAGCUUCUAGGGACCUUAAUCCCGAUGGUGUUUUUGUUCGCAAGAGACGCGGACGGAGGGCACCAACAUCCCCCGAUCAAGUGCAUUGGAGGGAUAUUCUCUUUCCCAUCGACCUGAAGCGAAAGGAAAAUUGCCGUGCUUCACUGCUGCCUCUCACCUCAGAUAGUGAAAUGACAGAGGAGCAGAAAGAGCGGGAGUCUGAGAAAGUCGGCGAGGCGACGUUGGAUGGGAGGCAAUAG